AUGAUGAGAGGGCGACUUCAUAACCGGGGAAGGAAGGGAUCAUGGAAAGUUGGAACGGCGAUUAGACGCCUAACUGACAUAGCUUAUAACUUGACUCAGGACAUGACAACCCAGGCAACUCGCCAUAGUGAUCUUCAAAACUUUGGUGACGUGUUUAAGAAAGUGGAAGCUAGUAAGCCACCUACCUAUGCUGGAAAGGAAGACCCUGCAAGCCUAGAAAACUGGAUUAGAGAGUUUGACAAAAAUUUUGAUGCUAUCAACUACCCUGAAGACCUAAAAGUCAAUAUUGUUGUGUACUAUUUACGGGAAGAAGCUGACCUAUGGUGGUCACAACGAAAGAAAGACUUAAUGGCCAAACCUUAUUUUGAUUGGGAAUCCAUGAAAGACUCCUUGAGAACCAAGUUUUACCCUCACUAUCUAAAUAAACAGAAAUGCCUAGAAUUUACAAACCUUAGAAUGGGGACCAUGACUGUGAAUGAGUAUUACACCAAGUUCAUAGAGGUAAUGUGGUUUGCACCUGAAAUAGUCCCAACUGAAGCCAUGAAAGCUCAAAGGUUUGAACAAGGGUUAACUUUGACCUUGCAAGGGAAACUCGGGGGAGUUAACUUUGAAUCCUUAGAUGAUGUUUAUGGGCGUGCAUCUUACUUGUAUGGGAUUAAGGGAAGGAAACUUGAGGGAAAUUAUGCUGAAAAGAGGAAGGUAAAUGGGAAUGGAAGCCUCCAAGGGGGUGAGAAGAAACCUAAGUUAAAUGGAGACUUCAACCAUGGAAAGAAUGGAAACUACAACCAAAAUAGGGGAGAGAACCGUGACUUCAACCGAAACGAGGAAGGAAACUUUUGGAAUGGAAGUGCUAGGAAUGGGAAUUUUGGGAAUACAGAUGGGGAGAAGCCCAAGAGAAACUAUUUUUGCAAAAAGUGUGAGAAGAAUCACCUAGGGAAAGACUGUGAGGGGAACCUGGUUACUUGCUAUAUCUGUAAGAAGCAAGGACAUUGGGAAUUUGAGUGCUACAAGAAGGCAUCUGGAGGAUCAUCAUCUAAUCCCUCCUAG